CGCCGCAUUACGAAAUUGCAUCCUAUUCUGAACUGUUUGAUCUGAGUUCUACCGAUUUGUUAAGUGUGUUAGCUACUUUCGACUUUUAUGCUCUAGUUCACUUUAAUUUCAUAGAUCAUCACCAUGUCGGUGGCAUUUGCACCUCACAGGCAGCGUGGGAAGGGUGAUAUAACACCCGCUGGAAUACAAAAGUUACUUGACGAAAACAACCAGCUGAUCCAGUGUAUAAUGGACUUCCAGAGUAAAGGCAAAACAGCAGAAUGUUCACAGUAUCAACAGAUGCUGCACAGAAAUUUAGUGUACCUGGCAACGAUAGCAGACUCCAAUCAGAACAUGCAGUCUCUCCUCCCUGCGCCGCCCACUCAAAACAUGCCCAUGGGCCCUGGUGGGAUGAACCAAAGUGGACCCCCCCCUCAGCCUCCUCACGGUCACAACAUGCCCUCUGAGGGUAUGGUCAGCGGUGGCCCUCCAGCCCCACACAUGCAGAACCAGAUGAAUGGACAGAUGCCUGGGCCUAAUCACAUGCCCAUGCAAGGUCCCGGUCCAGGCCCCAACCAGCCCCCAAACAUGCCCAGUGGCUCUAUGAAUAUGCCCCCCAGCAGCCAUGGCUCGAUGGGUGGGUACAAUCACACCGUCCCUUCUUCCCAGGGCAUACCAGCUCAGAGCCAAAUGAACAUGACCCAGGGCCAGCCCAUGGGAAACUAUGGGCCUCGGCCAAACAUGAACAUGCAGCCCAACCAAGGCCCCAUGAUGCACCAGCAGCCUCCCUCUCAGCAGUAUAACAUGCCUCCUGGUGGUGGUGGACAGCACUACCAAGGACAGCAGAACCCAAUGGGCAUGAUGGGCCAGGUCAACCAAGGGAACCACGUCAUGGGCCAGAGGCCGAUGCCGCCCUACAGACCCCCACAGCAAGGACCCCCUCAGCAGUACCCAGGGCAGGAAGACUACUAUGGGGACCAGUACAGUCACGCAGGACAGGGAGCCUCAGAAGGUAAUGCCCAGUAUGGCCAACAACAGGAAGCAUACCAGCAAGGCCCUCCCCAGCAGCAGGGCUACCCUCCUCAGCAGCAGUACCCGGGUCAACAGGGCUACCCACCACAGCAGCAGGGUUACGGCCCCUCCCAAAGUGCCCCAGGACAGUAUCCUAACUAUCCUCAGGGGCAGGGACAGCAGUAUGGGGCCUAUCGCCCUCCUCAGCCAGGACCCCCACAGGGCCAGCAGCAACGCCCCUAUGGCUAUGACCAGGGGCACAUGAGGAAAUAAAGACCCGGGGAUUUGAACCCCUGACUAGCUCUGUAAGAAGCAAAGGGCCAAUAUGGAAAUUACCAGCAAUGAGAGAUGGUCACAGCAACCCACACAGCUCUGUUCUGAUCUCUGUCUGAGCUUUGACCUCUGGUCAGCAGCUAAGCAGACUUUAAAUGAUGGUUGUAGCUCACUGAGAUUCCCUCAGACACGAACAUACAACACUCGAAAAUACAAGAUAACGUUUCCCCCCCUCUCUCUCUUUGGGCUCUUACUUGCCUAAAAAAUUGUAUUCUGUUACAUCGACUUGAUAAUGUCAAAGUCCAUGACUCACCCUCUGGUCCAGUAUGUCUCAAAGCAGCAAUGCCUUAAAAAUGGAACUGCCUUAUCCUUUAGCAUUGCAGAUUGUGAAAUGGGCUAACACAAAUUUUGGAUAUCAGAGAUGAUUUAAAUGUACAGUUUCAAUCUACUGUGGUGCAUUGUUUCUCUGUCCUUCAGCUCCUUGUUCAUAAGAAGCAAUAAUGCCAGCAGUAGGGAAAAUGUGUGGGGGCUCGGAGAUGAAAUAAUGCACCAGACAAACUUCCCGCUAGGCCAUGGUACGUGUCUUGAUGUAUGUGAUGAUGUACAAAUAUAUUUUAUGCUUUUUAGAUCAAGCUAACUUUGUAUAAGACAUUGGAAACUAGUACUAAAGCUGUGUUGUUUAUUUCAUGAAGUGUAUGUGUCAAUGUUUUUUUAAAUGAUGAUCCCAUCCAGCACAUUUUUUUUUUGUGUGUGUUGAAUUGUGUAACUAUACAAUUGGAUCUGCUACGUCAGCGACAUGGGCACUGUGUGAAUUCUUUGUGUAAAAACUUUCAGUGACAUGCACGGAAAUUCCUUGAAGGACAAAUACGAACAUCAUGCUUGGAAUUUGAACAUGCUCAAUGUCUGACCACACGCAAAACAGUUUCCGAGUUUUAAAAAAAUCGAUAUGAAAUUUCAAUCUUGAUUUGUUUUUUUUUUUGUUUUUUCUUAACCACAUAACCUGACAGAAUAAUGGCAAUCAGCCUUUAUUUGACCCAUGUGCCCGAAGAGGUGAUGUGUAGCAGAUGCUGCUGCAAAUUGUAAGUCAGUGCUCUCUGGAGCUUUUUUUUUUUUUUUCUGUACAAGCACCUCAGUCUUGUCCGAUGACUGCAAAUUGGUGAAUGGGAAAAAUUCGUAUAAUAAAUAUUUCUGACAAGUACAUUUUUUUAACGUCUUGACUAUGCUGGAAUCCCCUUUUCCCUUUGAAUAAACGUCUAAGUUGAUGUCAUUCAAAUAGUGUUGUGUGUGAAUAAUAAAGAUUGUUACUGUCAAAUAUGUAACAUAAGAUGUGAAAAUAAUGUUCUCAAAUGAAUUCCUUAAUUUCACAGUAAAGACUGGUUGUGCAGUUUUAUAUCACUGGCUUGAUAUCUGUUUUAUGGUGCAUACUUUAUUGAUCCCAUAUGUACAGCGGCGUAAAGAAGAGGAACUCAUUGUCCUCCGAUAUUGUUUAUAUGGCUGUUUUAAUAUUUGGCAUCCUGCACCCCAUUCAAGUGGUCACAUUUGUGUCAUGGCAAUGUAUAACUGUACAUUACAAUAAAUUGGAAGAAUCUUUAAUAUA